AUGUCGUUCUCGGGGGACAACAUUCCAGACAAAUUUAAACAGUUAGAAGAUGGAUGGCAACAAGGUCCGGCCAACCCCAGGAAUUGGUCUCCGGCAAGAAAAUGGACAACCACUGCAAUCGUUGUGCUCUACACUUUUGUAACUCCGUUAGCAAGUUCUAUCAUGACACCUGGAUUGCCAGGCCUGGCCAUAAAAUUUGGCAUAACUGACCCAACAGUCACAGCGUUGACUCUCAGCAUCUUCCUUCUGUCAUUCGCCAUCGGUCUUUUAUUUGCCGCACCCUUAUCCGAAGUAUAUGGUCGUGUGUGGGUACUCCACUUAGGAAACCUCUUCUUCCUCGGGUUCAAUCUCGGCUGUGCCUUUUCACCCAACACCACAUCUUUCCUUCUCUUUCGGUUCCUUGCUGGUUUGGCUGGAGGUGCGCCAGUAGGAUGCGGUGGAGGUGGCGUUAGCGACCUCUUCUCCGAACACGAUCGUGCUGCAGGUAUGGCACUAUACAAUGUCGGACCCUUGAUAGUUCUGGCAAGCUCCUGCUAUUGGCCCGUCGUGGGAGGUUUUAUGGCAGAGUCGGUCGGCAUACAAUAUGAUUUCUAUUUCGUCAUCGCGAUUUGUGGCAUCGCCGCGGUGCUCGGCAUCCCUUUCAUGAGAGAAUCUUAUGCAUUAGUCAUUAGGAUUCGUCGUGAAAAAGAUGGCUACGGAUCUCAAAAAGGCGUCCGCAGGACAUCCCGCCAUCACCACACAUCACAUGGGCAAAUGGACUUACUUAUGGAUCAACCUCAAGCGACCGAUCAUGCUUUUGACUCGGAGUUUUAUAUGUUUUAUCCUGAGUUUAUACAUGGCUCUGAUUUAUGGUAUCUACUACCCGAUGUUUGCUACAUUCCCCAACUUCUUUUCGGAAUCUCAGGUUUGACAUAUAUUGGACUUGGCUUUGGAUUCAUAUCCGCCACCAUCUUUGGCGUCAAACUUUCCGGCAAGAUAUACAUAUAUCUUGCUACACAAAAUGGAGGAAAGGGUAAGCCAGAGAUGCGCAUUCCCGCUCUGAUAUUCGGCUCCUUUUUCGUUCCAUUGGUACGGCUGGUCUGCCCAAGCCAAGACCCACUUCAUGAUGCCCAUCAUCGGUACCACUAUCUUUUCUUUGGAUUUGGAUUCAUGACAGUUUUCCUCCCUAUUCAACUAUACCUCGUAGAUACAUUUAUCUAUGCUGCAAGUGCAACCGCAGCAGCUUCUAGUUCACUGCUCGGAUUCGCAUUCCCUCUCUUUGGACAACAGAUGUUCGCCGUACUCGGUUAUGGGGGAGGCAACUCCCUUCUUGCAGGUCUUGCCAUCGUCAUCGGCAUACCCUUCCCCAUCUGGAUAUAUUAUGCUGGCGAACGUAUACGUGCAGGGAGCUCUUUGACUCGUUGAUCGUAUGGGAGGAUUGGAGACACGAGAAAUUGCCCUGUCCAAGGAGCGGUCUAAGUUCGAGCACUUGGUUACCGGAGAUGACUGAAUUGUACUUCCCGAACACGAUUCCUAUUUCUGCGAUAAUGAGUGAUACUUGUAGGCAAUAUUCGUAUUGACAAUGUCACAGUUCUUUCUAACGCCGAGUUGAC